AAUUAGAAUACAGCGUCGGUGUAGCUUGUCCCAAAAGAUACCCCGUAGACGGGAAAUAUUUGGGUAAAUAGGAAGGUGAGAGGGUGAAAGGAAAAUAAUAGAAACUUAGAGAAGCUGAGAGCGCUCAUAAAACAGUCAUGGCUGCAUGCAGAUGAACCAACGACUCAAUACAUGCACAGAGCAAAAUACCUACCCAUCUAAAAUCAGAUCUUUAAGGCCGAAUCCAUGCUCUCUGAUGAACUGGACUCAAAGCCUGAGCUGCUGGUUGAGUUUGUACAGAAGGCCUCAAUCCCCCUCGGUCAAGGAUUGGAGGAGUCUGACCCUAAAGAGACCUGUCUUCCUCUCCAUCCAACUACAGAGAGUUCCUUAUGUAGCCAGCUGCAUCUUGCAGACAACAGCCUAAGCCAUGCAGCCUCCCCCCCCUUGUCGGAGUAUGAGGGCGAGAGGGAGCACCUGGUGGUUCAGCUUCAGCCCCACCGUGGUGUGGCCCUCACUGCCAGCCCCAGCCCCCCGCCCAUCCUGCACGACCUGCAGCAGUCCGAUAGCACCUCCUAUAUCCUGCUUAACCUGGCCAAAGGGCUGGCAGCUUCAGCCGAACCCCUGGUAUUUGUCCAGGACGAGGCGGAGCAGGAAGUGUCUGCGGGCGAGAGCGGGGAUGGCACCACGCCCUGGUACCUGCGAGUGCAGGAGCUGGCCCAUGACAGCCUGAUCGCUGCCACCCGGGCCCAGCUGGCUAAGGAUGCCAAGGCCAGCAACAUCAGCGACCACCUGCACAGUUAUCCUUCUGAGGGUCCAAAGAAAGAGACGCAGCCCCCGGAAAAUCGCGUACCCACAGAAAAGACCCUCAGGUGCACCUUUGAGGGCUGCAGGAGGACCUUCACCUGGCCUGCCCACCUCAAGUACCACCUGAAAACACACAAGAACGACCGUACGUUCCGGUGCUGUGCUGAGGGCUGUGGGAAGAGCUUCUACGUGCUGCAGAGGCUGCAGGUGCACAUGAGGACACACAACGGGGAGAAGCCCUUCGUGUGCAGUGAGAAGGGCUGCGGCAAGAAGUUCACCACGGCCGGGAACUUGAAGAACCAUAAGCGCACGCACACCGGGGAGAAACCGUUCCUGUGUGAAGCAGACGGAUGUGGGCGCUCCUUCACAGAGUACUCCAGCCUACGCAAGCACAUGCUGGUUCACUCAGGGGAGAAGCCACAUCAGUGCAGCAUCUGUGGGAAGACCUUCUCCCAGAGCGGCAGCAGAAACGUCCACAUGAGGAAGAGGCACAGCGACGCACCCGCCAGCAACCAGGCCAGAGACACUGGAGAGGCACUGACGCACAGCAGUUUGCUCGAGGACCGUGGGGUGGUGGGUGACAGCAUGGUCACCAUGACAACAGCGCUGGAGCCCAUGAACCUUCACCAUGCAAUGCUGAGAGCACAAGGAGACACUUUGGGAGGAAAUGGUCCCUCUGCCUCAAUGGUGGUCCUAUCACAGCAACAUGACCUGGUCACCAUGGCAACAGGGGGGCAUGGCUAUGGAGAGGAGGUGGUUGCUCUGCUGCAGUAGCAUGUUCCUAUCAAAACUCUUUCAGUGUAGGGUUGAAAUUAAUUGAAUUUAAUAUGGUAGUUGCAGUUGAAGGCUGUUUUGCAGUUUCCACCUGUAAAUAAAUAGAAUGCCGGGAAGUACUUUUCAGCGCUCACCUAGAAGAUGGUGUGUAAAGUUUCUGUUGUUAUUGGACAGGUGUGGUAUAUAUGCUUAUGAUGGUAUUUCAAUAGGUAAAUUCACCUAUUGUACUGUUACCUCAGCUCUGAAUUGAGCUAAAGUUAACUUAAGCAUUUGGGCAAUGCAAACUUUGGCCAUUUCUAGACUUCCAUGGGUAUCUGACCUUUUGAGUGUUCAGUAAUAUUUAUUUAUUGAAAUUUAGCCGAAGGAAUAAGCUUACUUGUAUAACCACGCUGAAACAUCAGCUUAAUUGUGAAAUAAGCUUAUAGGGUGUGAAAGUCAUCACCUUUACAGAGAAAAUUUCAUAUUUCAGAAAGAGUAUAUGUAUAUACAUAUAACUCUUUUUGCUUGAAUCAUCAUGUAAUGCAAAAGGUGGCUUACUAAAGACUAUACAAAACUAAGUACGUAAGCAUAAUGAUAAAUACUUCAGCAGAGAACAUAAACAUGCUUAUACAAAAUGGCAUAUGAAGGUGAUGAAACCUGAUUAAAUGUACGAAUAAAUAU